AUGUCAAAACGGGCUGCAUAUGGUGAUGAUGAAGACAAUCCACCUACCCCAUCUGAUGAUUCUGACUUUGAUGACGAUGAGGACCCAGAUAAUUUGGAAGUGCCAGGUGGUGGGAAAACAUUGGCAGCGGCUGCACGAAUGGGAGUUAAGGCGAAGGUUACUGCGGCGCCACAGACCAUUACCGUCAGACCCACCACAAACCCUUUAGCUGCUCCAUCGGGGCUAGCAUUUGGCCAGGCAUCGAAUAUUAAACCCAUUAAAAUUCAAGCCAGUUCUCUGACAAAACCAUUAAGUCUGGGCAUUGGACGAGGAGGUGUGCCAGCUGUGAGGCCGGUCGCAUCUUUCGCCGGUGCCGGCUCGUCGGCCGCGUACAACGCCGCUUCACUACUCGCUCAGAUGGAGUUAGUGGGAGUUCAGGGCGUGAACCCGUACCUGCUGCAGAACUUAAACCAGAUCCUCGUGUCCGGGAUGGGCGGUAUGCUGGGCCAGUACGGACAGAUGCCGCCCUGGGGACAGCCUAAGCCUAUGUGGCCGCAAGACAAGAUGCCAGGUGAUGAAGAGGAAGUGGACGAUGAAGAGAUGGGUGUCGCUGAGACAUACGCGGAUUAUAUGCCUACAAAGUUGAAGCUGGGCCGCAAGCAUCCGGAUCCGGUGGUGGAGACGGCGUCGCUCUCGUCCGUGGAGCCGGUGGACGUGACGUACUCGCUGAGCCUGCCCGACGAGACGGUCCGCGCGGGGCUGCUGUCCGCGCUUCAGCUGGAGGCCGUGGUGUACGCCUCGCAGGCGCACGAGCACAUGCUGCCCGACGGCACGCGCGCCGGCUUCCUUAUCGGUGAUGGAGCUGGUGUGGGCAAAGGCCGAACGAUUGCUGGCAUCAUCUUUGAGAAUUAUUUGAAGGGCCGCAAGCGAGCUAUUUGGGUCUCUGUGUCGAAUGACCUCAAGUACGACGCGGAACGGGAUCUCAGGGACAUUGGCGCUGGCAAGAUCGAGGUUUACCCGCUCAAUAAGUUCAAGUACGCGAAGAUCUCGUCGGCGGUGAACGGCAACGUGAAGAAGGGCGUGGUGUUCUGCACGUACUCGGCGCUCAUAGGCGAGACGCAGUCCUCCAGCACCAAGUAUCGCUCGCGCCUCAAGCAGCUGCUGCAGUGGUGCGGCGAGGACUUCGAUGGAUGCAUCGUAUUUGAUGAGUGUCACAAAGCGAAGAACCUGUGCCCGGUGGGCUCCGGCAAGGCUACAAAGACCGGGCUGACGGCUCUCGAACUACAGAACAAGUUGCCAAAAGCGCGCGUCGUCUACGCUUCAGCCACUGGAGCCUCGGAGCCACGCAAUAUGGCAUACAUGGUGCGCCUCGGUAUAUGGGGAGAAGGGACGCCUUUCCCUACGUUCAUGGACUUUAUUAACGCUGUAGAAAAGAGAGGAGUAGGUGCUAUGGAGAUAGUGGCUAUGGACAUGAAACUACGGGGCAUGUACAUCGCACGGCAGCUUUCCUUCCACGGCGUUACCUUCAAGAUCGAAGAAGUGCCGCUCUCCGACGCCUUUAAGGAGACCUACGAUAAGGCUGUCGCUUUGUGGGUAGAAGCAAUGCAGCGAUUCACGGAGGCGGCCGAGUUGAUCGACGCAGAGUCGCGCAUGAAGAAAACCAUGUGGGGGCAAUUCUGGUCUGCGCAUCAGCGUUUCUUCAAGUACCUCUGCAUUGCAGCUAAGGUGAACCACGCGGUAGUGACGGCACGCGAGGCGGUGAAGUGCGGCAAGUGCGUGGUGAUCGGGUUGCAAAGCACAGGCGAGGCGCGCACGCUCGACCAGCUCGAGCGCGACGACGGCGAGCUCAGCGACUUCGUCUCCACCGCCAAGGGCGUAUUCCAGACGCUGGUGGAGAAGCACUUUCCUGCGCCGGACCGCGCCCGCAUCAACCGGCUGCUGGGUCUCGAGCCCGCCAAGCCGGCGCUGGCGCCUGCGCCCGCACGCACGCUGGUACAUAACGGACGCAACGGCGACGAACCAAACACUUCUAAGAGGAAGCUGACGGCGCGGCAGCAGGCGAACGCGGCAGCGAAGCGAGCGCGCGGCGGCUCGUCGUCGGACGAGUUCGUGCGCGGCUCGGACGGCGAGGCGGGCGACGCGGACGAGGCGCGCGACGAGUUCGACGCGGCCGACGCGCGCGACGACUCGGACGACGAGCGCCGCCGCGGCUCCGACUCCGACCUCAGCGACUUCAACCCCUUCCACGCCGGCAGCGACAGCGAUGACGAUCCAUGGGUUGGACGGAAAAAGAAAACGUUGAAAAAGAAAAAAGCAGCGUCUCCCAAGAAGAAAGCAUCAAGCACACAGGACAAAAUAGAGACAAUGUUCGAAAGGAAGAACAGCACAGCACCAAACUCAGUUACGGUCACGACGGCCGGCGGACACAGUUUGACCGGAACACCAGUGGGGACAAAUGGACUUUAUCUUGGUCCGUCGCGCAGCCAGCCGCCGCCGCGGUCCGCCAUCGAGCGCGCGUGCAGCAUGAAGGAGGAGCUGCUGGCCGCCAUCGAGCGGCUCGGCAGACGUCUGCCGCCCAACACGCUCGACCAGCUCGUCGACGAGCUCGGCGGCACCGAGAACGUGGCCGAGAUGACGGGUCGCAAAGGACGAGUUGUGCAAACGGAAGAUGGGCAGAUAUUAUACGAGAGUCGGUCAGAGGCAGAUGUGCCUCUCGAAACCCUUAACCUUACCGAGAAACAGCGCUUCAUGGACGGCGAGAAAGAUGUGGCCAUCAUAUCUGAAGCAGCUUCCAGUGGUAUCUCAUUACAAAGUGAUAGGAGGGCACGGAAUCAAAGGCGGAGGGUGCAUAUUACGCUGGAAUUGCCAUGGUCAGCGGAUAGAGCUAUACAACAGUUUGGUCGUACGCAUAGAUCCAACCAGGUGAACGCGCCGGAAUACAUCUUCCUGAUCUCAGACUUGGCGGGAGAGCGGCGCUUUGCCUCCACGGUGGCCAAGCGGCUGGAGUCGCUCGGUGCGCUCACGCACGGCGACCGGCGCGCCACCGAGACCCGCGACCUCAGCCAGUUUAACAUCGACAAUAAAUACGGGCGCAGUGCGCUGGAGGCGGUGAUGAAGGCGAUCAUGAAGUACGAGACGCCGCUGGUGGCGCCGCCGCGUGACUACGCCGGGGACUUCUUCCAGGACGUGGCCAGCGCGCUCGUCGGCGUCGGACUCAUCGUCAAUAGUGAGAGUGCGCCAGGAGUACUUUCGCUCGACAAGGAUUACAACAACAUGUCGAAGUUCCUCAACAGGAUAUUGGGCAUGCCAGUCGAUCUGCAGAACAGGCUCUUUAAAUAUUUCACAGACACAUUGGCAGCAGUCAUGGAGCAAGCAAAACGCAGUGGUCGUUUCGACCUGGGCAUCCUGGACCUGGGUAGCGCGGGCGAGAGCGUGAGGCGCGUUCACUGCGUGCGCUUCCUGCGCCGCCACGCCACCGGCCGCGCGCCCGUCGAGCUGCACACCGUGCACACCGAGGUGCUCGCACUUCACACUCCCACUUCACACACUGCCCGCUCACUUCACACACUGCCUGCUCACUUCACACACUGCCCGCUCAUUUCACACAUUGCCCGCUCAAUUCACACACUGCCCGCUCACUUCAUUCACACUUCACACUCAAUUCCUGCGCCGCCAUGCCACCGGCCGCGCGCCCGUAGUCUUCCCAACCACCCCUCGCCCUGCACACCGAGGUGCUCGCACGCUCACACUGCCCGCUCACUUCACACACUGCCCGCUCACUUCAUUCACACUUCACACUCACUUCCUGCGCCGCCACGCCACCGGCUGCGCGCCCGUCGAGCUGCACACCGUGCACACCGAGGUGCUCGCACGCUCACACUGCCCGCUCACUUCACACACUGCCUGCUCACUUCACACACUGUCCGCUCAUUUCACACACUGCCCGCUCACUUCACACACUGCCCGCUCACUUCAUUCACACUUCACACUCAAUUCCUGCGCCGCAAUGCCACCGGCCGCGCGCCCGUCGAGCUGCACACCAUGCACACCGAGGUGCUCGCACGCUCACACUGCCCGCCCGUCCUUCACCCUGCCCACUCACUUCAUUCAUACUUCACACUCACUUCUUGCGCCGCCAUGCCACCGGCCGCGCGCCCGUCGAGCUGCACACCGUGCACACCGAGGUGCCCGCACGCUCACACUGCCCGCUCACUUCAAACACUGUCCGCUCAUUUCACACACUGCCCGCUCACUUCACACACUGCCCGCUCACUUCAUUCACACUUCACACUCACUUCAUUCACACUUUACACUCACUUCCUGCGCCGCCACGCCACCGGCCGCGCGCCCGUCGAGCUGCACACCGUGCACACCGAGCGCGGUAUGGACUGGAUGGAAGCGCUGGAAAAGGAGUCGGAACUGUCCGGGCCUAAAGAAGGCUUCUACUUGUCACAGCAGGCGCGCAACAAUAAGUACACGGCCGUGCUGUGUGUCGCCGCACACACCAACACCAGGAAGGAGAAACUCACUAAGAAAGAGAUCAUGUUCCAGAUAUACAGACCGAACACAGGCCUGCAACUUAGGCUCGAAUCGUUAGCGGAUAUUGAGAAAAAGUACAAAAAAGUAACCAGUACAGAGGCGGAGGGUCCUUGGAAGGCACAAUAUGAGGCCUCUCUACGCGUUUGCAGUCACGCCUACUGGCGAGCGGCGUGUAGGAAUGCGAGCGAGUGUGAGGUGGGGCUGCGCGUGCGCACGCACUACGUGCUAGCGGGUUCGGUGCUGGCGGUGUGGGCGCGCAUGGAGGCGGCGCUGGCGGCGCGCGCCGCGCUGCACAAGAUGCAGGUCGUGCGCAUCAAGACCGACGACGGACGCAAGAUCGUCGGUACGGUUAUCCCAAAGAAUUGUGUGGAGUCAUUGAAGGAAGCUCUGGCAUCGGAUGCUGUCUCAGUAACUGAGCAAAACUUCGAGACUUCAGACGCGCUAAAAUGA